AUGGCAAACUCUGGGCAACCUUCCUAUAAUGGCACAGAUACCGAACCCUUUCCAAGCCUCGAUAAUGCGUCACCAAACCCCGAUCAUACAAACAUAAACGCCGACUCUUCAUCUGUCGUCGAGAAUCGUCCAGCAGCCUCUUCGUCUUUGAGUGGUCGUCUCCGCAGAGUUUCCCAAAGUUUCGAAGUUUCUGGCCCCCCUGAAGGGUUUAUGGCCGCUACAGGAACCAUCGCAGCAUCCAUAUUUUCGCGACAGACUGUGGCGCGAAGGCCAUCAGACACCUCGAUACCGAUGCAAACAAGCCAGUCCUUCGGGGACACAUCCAGACAGAGCACAUUCCCAGCUGUCAACGAAGAACCGCCCGAAGAGAAGGCGAAUGCAAGCGUCGCGUUCCCGAGGCGAAACUUGACUGGCGAGCCUGCUGCCGCGGCUCCUUUUGACAAUGGAUAUCAUUUCCCACCAAAGCAUUCGUUGGGACAAUCGACGAAACUUGGACUGAUUGCUUUCUGGAACUAUGUACGAACACCAACCGGCUUUCUUGUUACCAUAUACGGUCUGAAUGUCGUUGCGUGGGGCGGAAUGCUUUUCCUGCUGCUUUGCAAUGCUUCACCGGCGAUGUGUGUUCCAACUUGCAAUGACAUCAAUUCCCCCAGGCGCAAGUGGAUAGAGUGGGACUCCCAGAUUUUGAAUGCUCUCUUCUGUGUUACAGGAUUUGGUCUUGCUCCGUGGCGCUUCCGUGAUCUGUAUUUCCUGCUUCAGUAUCGGUUCCAGAAGAAGGAAACUGCCCUUCGACGAUUGGCAGGCAUUCACCGAGGAUGGUUCCGUCUCCCAGGGUCCGAUCAGAUUGAUCCUCAAAUAGGGCCCCAUAAUAUCUCGUCUGCGCCCGAACUAGCCUCAUCACUCGCCUGCCCGUUUCCAGAAGACAAGAUCCCCGACGCUCCGCUGACUGGCGUGCGCGCCCCGCCAACACCCAUCACGAGAAUGGACGCCGUCAUCUGGCUGAUGGUAUGGAACACGUUUCUGCAGUGCGUCCUGUCCGGUUUCAUGUGGGGCCUUAACCGUUACGAUCGUCCCAGUUGGUCCACAGGUCUUUUUGUAGCACUGGCUUGUAUUGUCGCGGCCAUUGGAGGGAUUGUCAUGUUUCUCGAGGGGAAGAAAGUCAAGGGCAUUGAAGGCGUCCCCAUUUCAGAAGAAGACCAGAAGCUACUACAACAAGAUCGGGAACGUGGUGUGUGGCAUUACAACAAUAUCAAGGACAAAGACUUGGCUGCCGAGGAAGCAAAGAAGAAGAAAAAGGAAAAGGCGAAGAAGUGA